AUGCGCAACUUGCGGCCACAUGCCCCACUCGUAUCUCUCAUUAUCAUGCAGACCGGGCCAUGCAGGUCGCUCACCAUUCUCGCCAAGAGUCACGAGGUUUGGCUCCUAGAGGAGAGCCAUACUGGCGGGUUCGGGUGGAACCCCCACUUCCGGCGGUACUCCAUGUCAGAAGCGGGACUCUUCCCACAAUUACAGGCCCAAUUCAAGGGUGGUCUGUUAUGGCACAAGCCCGACAAGCUCUCACGCAAUCGGAGCCCAACAAUGGCAACAGACAUGGUUCCCAGGCAGAAAUGGUGGAAGAUCCAAUGGUACUCUGACGAUGAUACCCCUGAAGAGCGCAGGUUCAUCGUAAAGUUGGACCUGAUUGUAGUUCCGUACGCUGUACUCGCGUACUGGGUUAAAUACAUAGACCAGGCAAACCUGAACAAUGCCUACGUUGGAGGUAUGAAGGAGGAGCUCGGUUUCAAAGGCAAUGAGCUAGUGGAACUACAGACUAUGUACACUGUUGGCGCUGUCGUCGGCAUGGUCCCGUUUAUGUUCAUCUUCACUUAUAUCCCAAUGUAUUUUACGAUCCCCGCCAUGGACGUACUCUGGGGAAUUUUCACCCUUCUACAAUAUCGGGCGCACUCAUUUGGAGAAAUGGCUGCUUAUCGCUUCUUGGUUGGAUUCUUCGAACUCAUGGACCAAGUCGGGUUUCUGAUCAACCUUUCAGGCUCCUGGUAUCGAGGACACGAGAUCGCUCGCAGGGGCGGGAUCUUCUAUACCGGUUUAAACCUGGGCACUCUGACGGCCGGUCUUAUUGCAGCCGGAGCCUCGCAUCGUCUGGAGGGAGUCCAAGGAAUGUCGGGUUGGCGUUGGAUGUACAUCAUUUGUGCGGUGAUAACCAUUCCUAUCGGGAUUCUUGGCUACUUCCUAUUACCAGGCACAGUCGAACAACCAAACCGCUGGAUACUCAACGAUCACGACAUCAAGAUUGCAAAAGCGCGACUAGAGCGUGGUGGACACGUCACACGCGGAAAGUUCAAGCUGGGUCACCUCAAGCAGAUCUUUCUCAGCCCGCAAUUCUGGACUGUUGUCCUUGUGGAUAUUCUCUUCUGGAACGCCGGCAUCCAUAAAAGCACCGGCAGCUUCCUCCUCUGGAUCAAGAGCUUGGGUCGAUACAGCCCAGCCCAAGUCAAUGAGAUGGGCACCAUCGCGCCGGCGUUGGGUAUUUUAUACAAUCUCGUGGCUUGCUUCCUUUCAGAUUUAGUUCUGGGUCCAGCAUGGGCGAUCACGUUCUCCUCUCUCUGGAAUGUCACCGGUCUUAUCAUGCUCGUCAUCUGGGAUAUUCCCGAAGGUGCUAAGUGGUUCGCCUUCGCAACGAUGUAUUGGUCCAAUGCACUGUCCAGUGUUUUACAUGGCUGGGUUAAUACCAUUCUCCGGGACUCCCCCGAGCAGCGGUCGUUUACAUUAGUUCUUAUCACUAUCAUUGCUCAGUCUUCGACGGCUUGGACACCGCUACUGACCUUCCCUACUGUCGAGUCCCCAAAUUACCCUAAAGGCUUCUCUUUCUGCCUCGGCUGCGCAGUGGCGCUGAUUGUCGCAACACACAUCCUGGAUGUUUACAUUAAGCGGAAGGAGAAAGCAAAGCUCGUUCAACUGGAAAGCGACAGCGAUCGUGGGGACAGCGUCAGGACUGUCCCAGGAGUCUCAACUGGCAAGGGAGCGAGUGCAGAUGUUGCAACGCUGUCUUAG